AAAAUUUGCAUCUAUUGGCAACUAUAAUCUACCUACUAUGUUUCAUAUGUAGUUACUUAUUUAUUAUAGUAUCAAGUAGCUAAGUUUAAUAAGAGUAGCUAUUAAAAUCGUGGAAAGGAAGCAACACAGUGAAUAAGUAAUACGACCAAGAAAGCGGAAGGAGAACUGUCUAGAAUUAGUCAGCCUCUCAAUCCAUCACCACCCACCGCAGUCCACAGUGCGCUUCCACCGAAAUGGAGCAAAUAAAAUACAUCAGCAAUAAGAGAAACAUUAUUACGAUCUAGUGGAGAAUUUUACAAGCAACAAAAUUUCAGCACUUUCGACAAAUUAGUUAUAUUAUGUUUGGUUAAUUAUUAUAACACUUUCUGAUAUCGUACAGUAUGCAUAAUUUCAGAAUUUAUGACACACCAAUCUUGAAAGUUAGACUACUAAAAAGCUACAAUUUAUUUCAGUUCACCCAAUGUUCAAUUUCAAAGUUAUUUAUAAUUUAUUCCAAUUCAGAAGCAGGUACACAAACAUACAGUUCACCUAUCUCCAAAUUCCUAAAGCUCUUUCCCAAGUUGCUAAACCACCUUUAAUCGCCUACGUGAUACAAAUGCCUGAAUUUGCGUCGUGCAAAUCUCGAAAUCUACUCUACGGAAAUUCCAAAAUUCGCGACGAAUCAGCAAAUAUGAAACCACGAAAAGGACUACAAUUUAUAGAAACUCCGAUUCACGACCAAGUACACAAACGACUUCCAGCGCGUGAUCACUUGCUGCGACCUCACCUAUUCCACUGUAAUACAACGACUAUAUACAAGUUACUGGAUCAAAUUUACCUAACUCGAACGCAUGAUUUUUCCAAUGCUGUCGCACGUGGAACAACUAUCGCGUGUAUCGUGGAGUCGCAGCUUGGCAGUGGCGAUUUUGGAAAUUCUACGUCCAAGUGAAUAAGCCGCUAAUAUUAGAUCGUCGAAAA